AUCCGAAACUAGAAAGAAAGAAAAAGAAAAAUCUUAUCCCUUCUCCCACCCGGCCCUCGCAGCUCCAGAGAAGCGUCGACAGCAGGAGCUCCACGCCGCGCUCCAGCCUCUCCACGUGACCUCGCACACUCACAGUCUCACGCUGCCCCCGCCCGGCGCGCUCCAGCCUCAUGUCUCUCCUCACCUCCCCCACGCCGUUCGGCACGGCAGCCGUCCGCCGCCGCGCCGUCCCUGCCGUGGCCCCGCUCCUCCCUCCUGCAGGCGGCCGCGCCGCGCUGCACGUGGCACUCGCGCGCCGGGGCGGCGUCUCGUCCCGCACUCAGCGGCGCCUCGAGGAGCGCGGCGGCAAGAAGCGCCGCGGCGGCGGCGUCGCGGCGCCCGACGUGGACGAGGACGCCUCCGCGGCUGCGGGGGAGGCGGCGGCGGAGUGGGAAGGGGAGCCGCUCGGGUUCGAGGUGUCGACGGAACCCAUGCCGGAGCUGCCGGAGCCUGAGACGCCCGAUUUCUGGGAGGGACCCCAGUGGGAGGCCCUCGGCUUCUUCGUGCAGUACAUGUGGGCGUUCGGCGUCGUCUUCGGCCUGGUUGCUUGUGGUGUUGCCGUGGCUACCUACAACGAGGGGGCAACAGAUUUCAGAGACACUCCUGCUUACAAGGAAUCGAUCCAAUCACAGGAGUUCCCUGAGGAGUCAGAAUCAUCAAGCGCCGACGUGUUUGAAGGUAAUCCGACUGAGGUAGCACCAGCUCUUGAGUAGGACCAUCAGAGGAGACAUGGCAGAGAAAAGAUGAUGGCUCUCUAUCUGAGCUGUUGCCUGUAGGGCUUUGCCUUGUGGUACCCGGUAAGACAUGUAUGGUUCGGUUGAAAUCAUAAUGCUAAGAAAAUUGCCUGGUCAGUAUUGUGUACUGAAUUUUCCCUUGGAAGAAAAUAUAAUGGCUAGUGGUGAUGAA